GUGAUCUGCAGCCUAGCAUUACAGCUCGGGGAUGUUUAGCUCGUAUGAACCGACCGUUAUAGCGGCCAUGUGUCGUGCUUCUGCUCUAUAGCCGGCUUAUAUGUUAAACACGUCACUGUAUGGCAGCUCCAACAUGAUGACUUACCAGGUUAAUGCAUCGCUACCCACCGCAAGGGCUUUAGUAUCAGAGAGAAGCUCAAAUUGCAGCCAGCAGCGCGGCCCUGAUGCGGCUACACAUCCGACCUACAGGAGCUACGGGAUGAGAGCAGGUGGAGGACAAGCAGCUGUCAGACAAAAUGGUCACACACGGAGGAAACUGCCUGUGCUGCAGCCCCUGAGCAAGUCCAGGGAAUGGCAAACCUUGGUGAGCGGCUUCAUAGUUGCAGGGUCACCGAACUUAGCCAAAGAUGACAGACUGGAAACAGAGAACAGCGACCCGGAGAGGGACAUCUGUGGGAGACACUUUCUUUUUGAUAAACAAUGUGCAAGGUUAGAGAGGACCAGAACUGUGAUUCCCCCGCUGCCAAGAGACUACCAUGUGCACAGACCUGGCAACCUGCAUCCCUUCAGCCUCUCCAAGGAGCUUUCCCACAGCCACGCAAGGCGGCCUUUCAACCUGAGCUACCCUGAGAGAUAUGAAGUGAACACAUCUCCAGCCAUCCUCUUCCCCUCCUCUUUAGUCCUCAAUGGCAGAAACACGUUCUCAGUCGAGAGCUGCAAGCUCAGCAGGCCCAAGGUGAAUUAUCCAACCUCCAACCUACUGACUGUUAAAGACAAUCAAAAGAACCAGUCCUAUCCGGAUCCCGUGGUCGGAGCCUCGCGUUCCUUCAUCCACAGGAUAUCCGAGCUGUCCUCCUUGGAGGGUGAGACAGUGAGACAAGAAAAGCUCAAGAAAAUGAAGAAACCCAAAAAACCGCCAUCCUGACAAUCAACAUCUUCCCAGUCACACUGGUCAAGGAUCAAAACCCUCGAGUCCGUGCCAACGACCGAUGAACUAAACAAAACAUUAAAGGCGCCAUUUUCGUUUCAGUGGCUUGUUCUGACUGCUUGUUUGUCCUCAGUGGUAUUAGUUUCCAGCUUAACAUGGCUGGUCUUCACGUUUUGGGAUUCCUGACCUGAGCUCCUCUCUAUUAGUGAUUACAUGUGGUAUUUACUGUGGUAAAUUGCAGCGUUUGCUCCAACAAUAAAUGCUGAUGAUGAAUAUUAGGCUAAAUAUUUUCUAUUCUGACUCACAGCUGUCAGUAGUUUCCCACUCAACAUCUGCAUGAAAGAUAUUUAUUUAACCCCUCUAAUGGCUUGUAAUGGCUGUUAUGUAAUACUGCCAUAUUUCUUGCUGUAUCAUGGAUAUGUUGCAGAAGCUGUCAAGCUUUGAUCUCAUUACAACAGUGUUUCAAACAUUGCUGUUUAAGUGGAAUAUCUAUGUACAUAUUAAAUAGUUUAGCAAAACCAUUAUUGUGCCUUGUUAAACGUCUUCCUGAAAUUAAAAUAAAUUUAUUUUUGUUAUUGUUACGCCUUUUGUUAAGAGCUUUUUCCCUUUAAUGAGUCAUGAUUUUUGUUGUCUAGCUUCUAGAAGGCUAAUAAAGGGAGCUUCCCCCUCCAUUGGGCACAUACAGCACAUAUUGACCAGCGCAGUAAUGAGAAUGCCUAAAAGAUUACAUGAAACAUUAUCUGCAUUCCAUAUCUACAAAACAGAUAGAAAACUGUGCCUCCAGACCCCAGAAUGUGGUACUUUCCCACAUAAUGCAUUGUUUUGUUGCCGUAUGGAGGGCAGCUCAUGUCUCUGAAUAGUCUUGUUCAUUGUAUUUGACAAAGACAGCAGUCACAGUCUUUUUGUUUAGAGAGAAGUGGGGACUUAGUUAUUAUCUGACAAUGUAGUAGCUGGAGUCAUCGUUAGUGCUUGUUUGCAAUGUGUGAUAAUUCAGUUAGCACAAUGAGUGGCCCUGUUAUUUAAACUAUGUUUCAUGAAACAACUUGUAUCCCUGUUGUCACAGUGUGAAUAACUAAAGCAGACCUGUUGCCAUCUGUGUAUUACUGAUGAUAAUUGGCACAAGGUAUGAAGCCAGAUGCAACAGCUGCAGCAAGCACAGCCUCAGACAUGAGCCUGAAGCCAUUUUGUUCAACUGAUAUAUCGCACAAACAUCCUGAAGUUUAAUUUAAUAACUUUUAGUAAGGGAGCGUCUAAUAAUUUGUGAAUAUUGUAGCAUAAUUUAGAUGUACCGGGUGGAAAUGAAGCACAAGAGAAUAAAUUGACCGAAUGAGUGAAUAUAACCCAAUGUAAGAUUUAUUAGAAAAAGUAGGAUCAGUAUUGCAUAAGACAUAAUAAUGACAAGAAAUGUCAUAGUAAAGUAUGCCAUAAAAAACGCCAUAGUACAGUAUGUAGUUGUAUAGUAUGCCAUAAGACACAUUUAACACAUUGUGGUAAUAUAGCAUACCAUGAAAAAAAUGUCAUAAAAAUGUCAUAAUAUGGUACUGCAACCGCGAAAUGCGAUGGUGUAGUAUGUAAUAAAAACUGUCACAGUAUACUACGGCAUAAAAAUGUCAUCACGUAUUCCAUUAAA